AUCACAAACAAAACAAACACUAUAAGAAUAUCUUGGCUGAGGAAGAUCACAUCAGCCAUGGCUUCCUAUCUCUUUCAUCUACUUUUCUUGAUCCUAUGCCUCAAUCCUCUAACCUCCAAAGCCAACCAACACAAAACAAGAAACAGUCUCAUCAAGUCAGACCUUAUUUCACAAACCCAUUUCAAUAUUACACCUCCAAUCACUUUCUUUGAAGUGACCAAACCCAUUAGGAUCCCCAAGACCAAACCUUGCAUCCAUCGGAUUCUCCAAAAUCAUGACUUUGGCUACACUUAUGGAAAACCCCCUGUUCUUGCAAACUACACCCCUCCCUCUUAUUGCCCAUCUCAACAUUUCUCCAAGAUUGUGCUUGAAUGGAAUGUUACUUCCAAAGGGAGACAAUAUGAUAGGAUUUUUGGGGUUUGGCUUGGUGGGGCUGAGCUUUUUAGGAGUUGCACAGCAGAGCCUACAAAGAGUGGGAUUUUUUGGAGUGUAAAGAAGGAUAUUACAAGGUAUUAUUCAUUGCUUACUAAGAAUGAGACACAGAGUCUUGCUGUUUAUAUUGGUAAUAUUAUUGAUUCUACUUACACUGGAGUGUAUCAUGUGAAUUUGACUGUUUAUUUCUAUCCGGUUGAGGAGGAAUCAAAUAGUUAUGUUAUGCAUCAUAAUGUGUUUGAGUCUAAAUCUAGGGAUGGUUCUAGGGCUGAUUUGAUCAUACCCAUUUCGCGAAAUCUGCCAUUGAAUGAUGGAUUGUGGUUUGAAAUUCAGAACUCCACUGAUUUUGCUUCCAAGGAAUUCGAGAUUCCGCAAAAUGUGUAUAGGGCUGUGUUGGAGGUUUAUGUUUCUUUCCAUGAGAAGGAUGAGUUCUGGUAUGGAAAUCCUCCUGAUGAGUACAUUGUGGCGAAUAACGUGGCCGAUGAUAUAGACGGAAAUGGACCUUUUAGGGAGGUUUUGAUCAAGUUAGAUGGUGUAAUGGUUGGUGCUAUUUGGCCGUUCACUGUGGUUUUCACUGGAGGAGUUAGUCCUUUCUUGUGGAGACCGAUUAGUGGGAUCGGAUCAUUUGAUCUUCCUUCUUAUGACAUCGAAAUUACGCCCUUCUUAGGUACAAUUUUAGAUGGAAAGGUGCAUGAGCUUGGUUUCAGUGUUACAAAUGCUUUGAAUGUGUGGUAUAUAGAUGCAAAUUUGCACCUUUGGUUAGACCAUAGGAGCAUGAAAACCAGAGGGAAGCUCUUGGAGCACAAUCACAUGCCUCUGGUAACUUCUUCAUCGUCUAAAUUCAAGGGUUUAGAUGGAGAAUUCAUGACAAAUGUGAAGAGGGUCAUCUCCUCAAAAGGAUGGGUGGAGUCCUCCUACGGAAAGAUCGCUACCCGUUUCAAUCAGAACUUUGAUUACAGUAAUGUAAUGGAGAUGAGCAACAAUGGGUCUUCUCAGAUUGUCAAUCAAGUGAUACAUUUUAAUGACAGUGUUGAAGCAGAGAUGCCAUGGAAGAAAACUUACUCAACAAAAUCGCUUAAGAAGUUUCUGCUUUACAUGAACACCAAUAACUUAGAUCAGGGAGAUGGAACCACUUCAUCUGUGGCAAAACUGACAUUGGGAUUCAAUGAAAAGAACUACUUGCAUAAAUAUGCGAUCCGCUCAAUCGAAAACUUGCAGAAUGGUCAGGCUAGUAUGGUUUUCAAGAAGAAUUUGGCACUCAUUGGGGUUGGAAGUACAAAACAAACAUACAGAUUCAAGGAUGAUAAAUUCUGCUACAGCAGGAAUAUCAGUAGCUCGAACUACACCAUUCUGUACGAUGAACUGGGAAAUGGAUGCCAUGAAAGAAUGAAGUCUGGGUUGAGUUUUGUAGUUGGAAGAUGAUGAACAUGUUGAUUCUUCAUUGAUUGAUGCACGGAUUCAUUGCUUCAGAUAUUGCUGUGCCUGUGGAGAAUCCCAGAAAUGGAAAGCACAAAUAAAGUAUCUAGUUUUUGUCUAGUGAAAAUAAUAAUAUGAAAAACAAUGACUUCUAAUUUUCCAAGAUCAUUUUUGCCUUCUAAGAUUAUCGGCAUUGGA